AUGGGCAUACCUUUGGACGAAGCUUCACUCUUAGCUUUGUUUCUUGAGACUUUGUUUUAUGGCGUGUUCUUGACGUUGUACUGCUUAACACUGUCUGUCCUGAUCAAGAACACUGGCGCAAACCGGCAGCUCCUUAUCCCAGUUGCAACCGUGCUGCUCUGUAUGGCAACGGCUCAUCUAAUUGUCGAUUUUGUUCGAAUUUUGGAGGCAUUUGUAUUCAAUGCAGACAAGAUGGGUGCAAAUGCCUACUAUUCCAACCUUGCCGCACCACUGGAAUACGCAAAAACUGCACUUUACGUCACACAAACCGUUCUCGCUGAUUGUGUCCUUGUUUGGCGAUGUUAUGUACUUAACCGCAGAAGCCUGUUCAUUGCCGUUCCUGGUCUAAUCGUGCUGUGUACAAAUGCUGUCACUGGGUACAUUAUCGUUUGGUCUCUUUCCAGGGCCGGCAGUUCGUCCACCGUUUUCACCACUGCUCACUCAUGGAUCACGACAUUCUUUACAUUGACUAUGAUAACAAGUGUCACCUGCACCACUUUGAUUGCCUGGCGUAUCUAUCGCACCCGCCGUUUUAUGUCAGACGGAUUUGGUGUGUAUUUGCCCAUUUUGAUCGUCAUCGUGGAAAGUGGUGCUAUAUAUGCGACGGGUGUCCUGUCGAUUCUUCUGGCAUACCUGUCCGGAUCCAACGGUCAAUAUACCGUACUGGACGCCGUCUCUCCUAUUAUGGGAGUUGUAUUCUGCCUCACCAUCCUGCAAGUACACUUUCAAGUAGGCGGCAAGCCCCACAUUGCACAGCCUCAUGAACCAAGGAGCGUCGCAUACUCUCAGAGAGCGAGGUGUACGCGAUGUGGACUGCAAAAUGAACCGGUGACUGCCCAUCACAAAGGAGACGGAGAUGAUUCAUGCCAACACGGUGGGCAGAAAGGAAAACCAAUUGUUGUCAGUGGCUCUCUUUGUAUAUUAAACCAUCUUCUGCUUUCCCACAACUGGAGUUGCGUAGUCGUUUCGUGUUUAUUUAUGUUACAUGGACGAAGUUUUGGCAGAUUCAAUAUUAUACCCAGUGUGGCAACAAUAUUUCCCCAACAAAUCUAG